GGUGACGUCUACGAGACAGAAACCGGAAGAAAACAUCCAGCUGUUAGCGAAGCACAGAGAGCUUCUAGCUUAGCAAUUGUUGUGUUAUUGUCACAGCUAUGAAACGACAUUGAUAGGAGACAGGGGUUUUAUCAUGAUGUGCCCGGAGUAGUAUCAACUGUAAAUACCGAACCCAGGGAAUUCAAUUCUCUUCGAGUUUCUUCCAGUUCGGGUGUUGAAACAAGGUGUGAAUGAGUGACGUGGUGCCUCCCACAGCUCUCAGUGAAGUCCAGCUCCGCUUCCUCUGCCACGAUGACAUAGAGAAUGUCAAGCUGCUCUGUGGUGACUGGUUCCCAAUCGAGUACCCAGACUCAUGGUAUCAGGACAUCACCUCCAACAAAAAGUUCUUCUCCCUCGCUGCCACCUUCAGAGGCGGCAUCGUGGGGAUGAUUGUGGCUGAAAUCAAAGGCCGGACUAAAGUACACAAAGAGGAUGGGGACAUCUUGGCCUCCAGUUUUCCUGUGGACACACAGGUAGCCUACAUCCUAAGCCUGGGAGUGGUCAAAGAGUUCAGGAAACAUGGCAUAGGCUCUCUACUGCUGGACAGUUUGAAGGAGCACAUCUCAACAACAGCCCAGGACCACUGUAAAGCAAUUUACCUACAUGUCCUCACUACCAACAACACUGCCAUUCACUUCUAUGAGAACAGGGACUUCAGGCAGCAUCAUUACUUGCCCUACUACUACUCCAUACGAGGCGUCCUUAAAGACGGAUUUACAUAUGUGCUCUAUAUAAAUGGGGGUCAUCCUCCCUGGACAAUAUUUGACUAUAUCCAGCACAUUGGUUCAACCCUGGCCAGUCUGAGCCCCUGCUCCAUCCCACAGAGAUUAUACCGGCAAGCCCAGUCUUUGCUUCGCUCUCUGCUACCCUGGUCCAACAUCGCCUCUAAGACCGGAAUACAGUACAGCCGAACAAUGUGACACAGCAUGGAGCACAGCUAUUCCGUAUCUCAUCAGUCUUCCCCUGUGCAUACAAAGAUGUACACAAGUUCACUUUCUCAACUGCACAUAGCUUUUCACAGCCUGUCUAUGAACCAGGACUCAGCUUCAAACUGUGUUUGACCACCUUUGGCACCAUUUACACAAGAUCCAGGUUUGCAGUUGUAGUCGUGUUCCUACUGCUGAACAGGGCUAUAGCAUUGCAGCGUGCAGUGUUGUUUCACACUGGCAGACGGUGAGAUCUAAUAAAACCACAAUAUUUUUUUGUCGUUCAGUUACUAUACUAUUCCAUUUAUAUACACUACUACUAGUGUACUAGGGGCACUACUAUCCCCUAGUUACAGAAGUCACCUAAGUUUUCCCUAUAAUUCCAAAACUGAGGAGUCAAAUGGUUUGUACCAUGGCAGAAAAGCAGAGUAGAAGACCUGGUUCAGACAUGAUGCCCACACACACAAACAUACGGGGGACCCUGCAGACUGGUUCAAGCCCUAUCUUGUUUCUCUUUUAAAUCUCUCCACUAUUGUCACAGAGACUAUGUAUACUUGUUGUAUAUUAUAUAUACCAAGCUAAUAUAUAAAUUGCUCUUAUGUAUGUCUGUUCUAUGCUGUCCAUAGACCUAGCUGUAAGCUAACCGAUCUCUUUUUGUUUUUGAGUAGAAUGAAUAACUGAUUUGAAGUCUAUUCUAGUUUUUGACACACACACUUAAGAAUAAUUUAAAUUAAACUGGACUGUAGAUCUAGCUGUGUUAAUAGGUUAGUGAGUUAAAAUGAAGCUAAUUAUACCCAGGAAUUAUACCCAGGAAACUUUGAGGUGCAAUGUUGCUGGGUAACAAAAUAUAUUUAGUAGUAUGGGGCCUGUCAGCAUUGCUUCAUCCAUGGGUCAUCCAGGUCAUCCAUGUAAAUCCAUUAAAGACUUUAGAAAGAGGUUCUAGAAUAUUUUAGAGGUUUUAAAUUGUAACUGGCUGCAGUCAUGUAUAUCUGCUCUGUGGCUGUAAAACUGCUGCUAAUGUAGAGAAAUGUUUUUAAAAUUAAUCCCCAUAGUAGAUUUUUGUGUCGGCCCGUACGAGAGGUGACAAAGGGAAAUGUUCCUACUCUCAAAUGUCACGCAACUUGUGCACCUGAAUGCACACAGGUGUGUACGUGUAUGUGUGUAUAUUUGUAGAUGCAGACAAGAUCUGAAUUUAGCACCUUUAAGUGCCAAAUGCUGAUCGUAUCUGUCUAUGAAAGGUCACCCAAGAUGCUGAGGCGUUGCUUUCUGAACAAGAUUGUAGUUUCCCUCUAUUUUAUUGUUUUCAGUUGUAAUUCAUAAUGAAUUACAACCCUUGCUCCAACAUUUUAGUCAGUCAGUAAAUCUCUGUGACUGUGAAAUACUGGGCAUUUGUUAUUAAAAGUGUUAGUUUAACAGCCAUGGGCAGGUAACUCCAAAGUCAAUUUCCAGAUAUUGUGUAUGCAAUAAUUGUUUUUCAUUUGAUUGAUUGUAAGGACUGUGUCAGUCUGACCGUCCCUGCUGUGUGACUAUUCUACAUUGUUCUAAUGUUUUCAUUGUGAUUGUCAUAAACCUGAGCCUUGUUUUCACAAUA